CACGAUGUUACUAACACUUCAGUCUUGCUCAAGUCGUCUUCACUUACUGUGUGCUGUGCUCGAGUAUCUCUCACUUUAUCUCAACCAAUCAAUCCUUUUGCCAAUAAAUUAAACAAAGAAAUUGAGCCUUUACUUUCAACAUUAUCGAGAUAUUCUUCUUCUUCUUCUUCAGGGACUCACCAUUUCUUCUCCUUCAAUUCUUCACCAUGGAUCGUGUCAGCCAUAGGGGUUCACGGUUUCUUCUCGAUGCGUCUCCGCUGUUAGAGUUCGAGUUCCAACCUACCAUGGAUCCUGUCAUCAAUUGGGUUUCAAACUUUCUUCACAGUCUUCAGCAUUGCAUGGAUCCUGUCAUCAACUGGUUCAUGUCCCUGAUAAGUUGCUUAGCGGCAAAGAUUAAUCAAAUACUUGAAAAAUUCACUGGGCAUCAAUUUAACGUUAAGACUGACGCUUGUGAUGAAAUUUCAUUGGGUGGAGAAUGGUUGUUGUAUGUUGCUAUUGCUGUUGUUGUAGCACUGGCAGCUAUUCCUGUUGUCUGGUUGCUUUGGAAGGUGGUUUUUGGUGUUGUUUGGUUGCUUUGGAAGCUGAUUUCUGGUGUUGUUUUGUUGCUAUGGAACGUGAUUUCUACUUUUGUAUUGGGUCUUUGGAACGUGAUGAGGAAGAUUUUCUGUUGUUGUUGUGAAAGAGGGAAGACAAUGAAGGCUCCAGGGAGGAAAAUUCGCAUUUAUAGAGAUGACUUUGAACGUAGUCCUAAGAACUACUUCCGUAACUUGCGCAGAGACCAACGUAACUGGCGCAAUAAUCAACGUCAUACGAUUUUGGUUUGAAAUCUCAAACGUGUAAAUACACGUCAAACUAGAAGCACCUUUCAGUUGCUUCUGGUGAAAUUCUCAUGAAAAAAUGAACGUCGUGCUGUUUUAUUAUAUUAAAGCUUGCUUGUGUUUGUAUAUAUGGUGCAUGUUUGACGUGAUUUCGGUAGAUAUGGUUUGAACAAAUGGUUCCCAAGAUUCUGUUAUUUGUGUUGCACUACAUGGAUGAGAUUGAAGUGUAGUUUGAUUAUGAAUACAACAGUCUGUUAUUUGAUGA